GUAUGAAGAGUUUGUGAGAUCUUGAUUUAUUCAGCGUGGUGUGUUUCGUCUUGUUUUAUUUUGUUUGGCCGGUAACAGUGAAAAAUGAAGAUCGAGGAGGUAAAAAGUACCACAAAAACACAGAGGAUAGCCUCUCAUAGUCACAUUAAAGGCUUAGGACUUGACGAAAGUGGGUAUGCCAUUCAAUCCGCCGCCGGUUUGGUCGGACAAGAACUUGCUCGUGAGGCAGCUGGUGUUGUGGUGGAGUUGAUCAAAUCCAAGAAGAUGGCAGGCCGAGCCAUGCUCCUAGCUGGACCCCCAGGGACAGGAAAGACUGCCCUGGCUUUGGCCAUUGCUCAGGAGCUGGGGAGCAAGGUGCCCUUCUGUCCAAUGGUAGGAAGUGAAGUAUACUCCACUGAAAUUAAAAAGACUGAAGUUCUGAUGGAGAAUUUCCGCCGCGCCAUCGGACUCCGAAUCAAGGAAACCAAAGAAGUGUAUGAGGGAGAAGUCACAGAACUGACUCCAGUGGAAACAGAGAACCCGAUGGGAGGAUAUGGUAAGACAGUCAGCCAUGUUGUGAUUGGUUUAAAAACUGCCAAGGGGACGAAGCAGCUGAAGCUUGAUCCAUCUAUAUACGAGAGUCUGCAGAAAGAGAAAGUAGAAGUAGGAGAUGUAAUCUACAUUGAAGCCAACAGUGGAGCAGUAAAGAGACAAGGUAGAUCUGACAGCUACGCUACAGAAUUCGAUCUGGAGGCAGAGGAAUAUGUGCCCCUCCCAAAGGGGGAUGUCCACAAAAAGAAAGAGGUCAUUCAAGAUGUCACACUCCAUGAUUUAGACAUUGCAAAUGCCAGACCACAGGGAGGACAAGACAUCAUGUCUAUGAUGGGACAGCUAAUGAAACCAAAGAAAACAGAAAUCACAGACAAAUUACGGAAGGAGAUUAACAAAGUUGUGAACAAGUACAUUGAUCAGGGUAUAGCUGAACUGGUGCCAGGAGUUCUGUUCAUAGACGAGGUUCACAUGUUGGACAUCGAGUGUUUCACUUACCUCCACCGUGCUUUAGAGUCGACAAUCGCUCCUAUUGUGAUAUUUGCCACCAACCGUGGAAAAUGCACCAUCAGAGGUACAGAGGACAUUGUGGCCCCGCACGGAAUCCCCUUGGAUUUACUGGACCGUGUCAUGAUCAUCAGAACUCUCCCUUACUCCCAGGAAGAAAUGGUGCAGAUCCUGAAAAUCCGAUCCCAGACAGAGGGAAUUCAGAUAGACGACGAAUCACUUGCUCAGCUUGGUCAAGUGGGAGUCAAGACUACGCUAAGGUAUUCAGUACAACUGCUGACCCCUAGCAACAUCCUGGCCAAGAUCAAUGGAAAGGACGCCAUUACCUCUGAGGAAAUCGAUGAAAUCAACAAACUGUUCUACGAUGCCAAGUCCUCGGCCAAGAUCCUGGCAGAACAGGAGGACAAGUUCAUGAAGUGAGGAGCUGUGUUCAUGGCGUUAACUUUUGAGGACCAUAUGCGAGGACAAUGUUUCAUUGUGUAAAAAGACAUUGUGGAAGGUUCUGUUGACAUCAUCCUGUGUGAAGGACCACUUUCUGAGAAAUCUCAUCUGACAGUUCUGUUGCUUUUGUUCUACAGAAUUUAUUUGUUGUUCCAUGAUUUUUACAUACAUGUAUACUAACAUUAAAAUUUCAUUCACAUGAAAAGACCUAAAUAUUUGUUGUUUUAAAAACCGAACCAUCAGAUUUUGUUGGCAAUGUGCUGUGUUACCAUUCGAACAAACUAGUUUUACGAUGGAAUGUUUUGAAAUAAUUUAAUAUGCCUUGUUUUCUUAUUCUAGGAAUGCCAACUUGAGGCAUUGUUUUAAUCCACAUAUUACCCUAGUAUUAUAUUUAUUUCUACUCUUUCAAAUGUGCAGUUACGUGCAAGUUAUUUAUAGCCUUGUAUUAAUUAAAACUUUAUAUACAAAGUAGAAACCAAUACUCUAGCAAAAAUGUAAACAAGAUAUCGUUCCUUUUUUCUCCAUUUUUAUUAAUUUUCUUUCUCACAUAUAACAUAAAAAAUUCUGUAAUGAAACACAAUCAUUCUUCCAGUCAUAAAUCUAACUCAUGACCACGUAUACACCAUAACCAAUAUUGUGCUGUCAGCCUGACUCGCAGCUCGGUGAGAAAUAAUAUUCCUUGGCCUGAUGACGAAGUUUUAUUUUGACCUGGAUAAAGCUUUCACACAACGACGUCCUUAAACAACCAUUUCAUUUUGCAACUGAGAUUUGUAACAAAAACCUGUU